AUGGUGCGCGAAAGUUCAAAAAUCGGUAUUCAGACGGCCGCCUCGCCGAAUGCAUGUUCGGGCUGCCGUGAAGUUGGACGAGGUCGACCGGGUUUUCUUCGACUCCGAGCUGGCGAAAAACGCGAGGAGUUCCGAACAAAUGCGCCUGGCCGCGAUCAGCGGAAUUGCGCCGUCGACAUGCCCUUCGGCCGUGUGCGCGCCUUGGUGGACAACGGCGUGAUCAGGGAUUUCACGCGGACAUCGACCCCGCCGCUCUCGGAGAUGGAUCUGCAGGCGAUGAUCGCAGUUCGACUGCAGGCCAACGCGAAGGUCGCACCUCAACCGGCUCGGCACGAUUCCGCUAAGCUGGACUCGGUGCUCAACGUGUACUUCGUUGCCGGUGUCGACGACUACAUGCUGCAACGUCGCAACGACGGAUUCGGCGCCAGUUGCGUGACUUCGUCGUCAACAAUCUCGCACAUCCAGCGGUUGCUGCGACCGAGACGAUUC